GUCGAGGUGGCAUCACAAGAGCGGCAGAAGAGCAUUGUCAAAAGUUGCAAACUCCUGAGCAUGGUUGCCAGCAGCAGAGCCUUGAAAAGAAACGCUCAACUCACAUGCUUUCUCUUGCUGACGUUUCUGCGCGUAUAUUAUCGUCUUUACCCUCCAUAUACCUUCGUGAUGAUCAUCAUGACAAAUAUGAUACCGUUGCACUGCGGCUGCUCUCUGAAAGCAUCGAACGUAGCGAAACUGAGCCUAGAUCAUCUCAUAAUAUCUUUCAAUCACUCAUGGAUCGUACGGGAUGUAUCGCUGUUAGCGAUCAGCGAAGUCAGCCUACGGACAACACGUGUGAGAACAUAUUCCAAAACUGCCCGAGUGGUUUUGAAUUGUUGUGCCAUGAUUCUUCGAUCACUCCCGAACUAGAAAAACUUUUCAAUCAGACGGUGGGUGCGAGUAAGCUUGAUGAUGACCCAGAAUUUGCGGCACACGCUGACCUGAGACCCAAAAUUCCCUCAGUUCAGAAACAGACUUCAUCCUUGAUGACACCUGCUUCGCUUGGUUCACAUAAGUUGACCACAUCAUCAUUUCGACCCAAAGAGAUUGCGGCUGAAGAUAUCGAUGCAAUUGAUGUUUCAUCUUGGAAAUUUCCAUUUUCAAGAAGUCCUUCCUCGUCAAGCGGCUCAUCAAUAGAUGAUAUCAACUUUGAAUGGACUCUUCCAAAAGCAAGCAAGUGA